GAAGGCUAAAUAAAUAAAUGGCUGAAAAAUAAUAAAAGUAUAUUGGCAGCCCUGGACAGCUGUCAUCUUCGCUGUCGUGCGAAAUUUUUCGUCCUUCCUUUUCUCUUACAACCCUUGACUUACGACAGACGUAGACAAUGGCCGAGACCCAGAGCAACGAGAAUACUUGCGUAGUUUGUUUCAAGAACGUACUAUAUUAUUCGAUUGGUGAAUGCGACCACCCCGUAUGUUUCGAGUGUUCUACUCGUAUGCGGGUCCUCUGCCUCCAGAAUGAGUGUCCUAUUUGCCGUCAAGACCUUUCAAAGGUUGUGUUCACGGAAUCCAUUGAACCUUACAAAGAGCUUCGUACCAGGGUGAUCCCGGAUAGACUGUUUGAAAGGCAGUUCAAGAUCGGAUUUUGUAGUGAGGACAUCAAGAAUGCGUACGAACGGUUGUUGGAGAACCGUUGUAAAAUCUGUGAUAAAUUGCCACCUUUCCGUACCUUCACAAUGCUCAAUGAUCACAUGAGGAAGGUGCAUGAAAGAUAUUUUUGUGAUUUGUGUGUCAAGCAUUUGAAGAUUUUUACCAUUGAGAGGAAAUGCUACACGCGGCAGGAGUUGGCCCAUCAUCGACGGAAAGGCGACUUGGACGACACAUCGCACAGGGGCCACCCGCUGUGCCAGUUCUGCGAGGAGCGGUUCGUCGACGCGGACGAGCUGUACCGGCACAUGCGCAAGGAGCAUCUCUAUUGCCAUCUGUGCGAUGCGGAUGGCAGCAACCAGUACUACCCGUCGCACGCGGAGUUAGCGCAUCAUUUCCGCGCAGACCACUAUUUAUGCGAGGAGGGCGAGUGCGCCGAUCAGCAUCUCACGAGUGUGUUUAGGAGCGACAUCGAUCUCAAAGCGCACAAGGCGACGGUGCACGGGCGCGGCAUGGCGCGCGGCGCGGCGCGGCAGGCGCGCACGCUCGAGCUGCAGUUCAACAUCACGCCGCACCCCGGCGUGCAGCGCGCCACUAGGGAGCGCGUGGAGACGGCGCCGGCGGCGGCGAGCAGCGCGGGGGCCGGCGGCGGGGGCGGGGGGUCGGCGGCGCCGCGCAUCGACACGCGCAGCGACGAGCAGUUCCCGCGCCUGUCCGCCGCGCCCGCGCAGCCCAGCCUCAUGCUCACCGCGCCCACCAGGACUUACAGAGGAUCGGACGGGCUGGCGCGCAACGACCGCAACUUCCCCGCGUUGGACGGGUCCGGGGGCACGGGACCGCGCCCGGCACAGCGGCCCGCCGCGCCGCCCGCCACUGUCGCCGCCACCAUCGUCAGGAACACCAAGCCCAGCGUGUCAAUCCAAUUACGCAGUCAAACGCCGAGCGCCAGCAACUUCCGGUUAACGCAGACGAGCGGAAAUCGCAUCUCGAUCCCGCCGCCGCAGCGGAAACAACCGCUCAGCGACGACGACUUCCCGUCACUUGGGCAAGUUCCGCGAGAUGACCAUCCUAACAUCGGUGCUAAUACCGUGCAACCGCCUAAGGUGGCUAUGAUCAAUAGUCAGGAGAUGCAGGCCCUCAAGAGCAACCAGUCGUCGUCUCAACACAAGAAGCCCCCGCUGAGCUCCGAGGCGUUCCCUGCGCUGUCCGCCACCGCCGCCCCCGCCGCGCCGCCGCAGUGGAUAACUAUUUCCAAGGCCAAGGACAAGCCCAAGCCUGCCAAACCGGACCCCCCGCCCCAGCCGCGAGAACCCGCCUUUAAUGCCGUCGCAGACUUCCCCACGCUACCCGUCAACAACAACAAGUUGAAGAUGAAGAAGACUAUCCAAACCCCAACGCAUCCGCCGCCUCAACCCGCGCCGGCUACCACCGAAAACAAACCUAGCAAGAAGGAGAAAAAGAAACAAAACAGUAAAAAGGAAAACUUGAAUAUGAUGAUGGAAAACAUGCGAGAGAUUCCCGAAGUGAAUGGCCUCGACAAAAAGUACGCCAGAGACCCUUCGUUCACUGAAGUCAAUACCAACAAUAACCAAAGCGUCGAACGUGACAAAAAGAUUAAAACCAUCGAAACGUCGUCAACCGUCACGGUCAACUCGGAGAAAAACAGGAACGGUGGCAACGGAGAUUUCGCGCUCGCCGCCAGGGACUACCCGCCGCUCAACCCCAAGGGCGACAACAAAUCUCACACAUCGUCGGGCUCCUGGAUCGAGACGAACAGCGCGCCCGCGAAGAAGAUCCCCAACGGCAGCGUGCCGCCCGGGUUCAAGCCGCGGCCGCCGUGCGACGGCAUGACGUUCACGAACUCGUCGGGGCACACGUUCGCGGCGCCCGUGCACAAGUACAUCCCGCCGCCGGAGUUCGAGCGGCGAAACCGCGCGCUGGUGGGAGCGUUCGCCGCGGCGCUGGGCGGCGCCACUGCGCUCGAGGAGUUCAAGCUGGCGUCGCGCGCCUUCCGCGACGGCGUGCUCGGCGCCGACGGGUUCGUGGCGCACUGCCGCGCGGCGCUCGGCGACCUGCUCGACGACCUGUUCGGCGAGCUGGUGGCGCUGCUGCCCGACAUCCGCAAGCAGCAGGAGCUGGCGCUGGGGCGCGCGGUGUCGCUGCAGGUGUGCGCCACGUGCGGCCAGCUGCUGGCGCCGGCGGACGGCGCGCCGCACGAGGCCGCGCACUGGCCUGCGCUGGCGCCGCGCUAGACUUGUGAUGCUGCCGCUCUCUCCGCGCCGCGUGUAUCGACUCUGUUCUCGCUGAUUGUUAUCGAUCAACAUUGUACUGAUGUUCCGUCUUGCCUUACAUUUUCUCAAAUCAAUAGUGACGAGCUCCUUAGCUAUGAACGUAGUUAAGAUUAGCAUGUGCAAAUAAAAAACGUUUAGUUUGUGGCUGUAAAAAAUAUAUUUUUGCAUAUAUACUGUGCGAUCGCUCAUGUAACUCGAUCUUAGGAUGAUUCUUGUGUUAGUAUAAUUUACAGUAUCGCAAUUAUUAGAAUAAAAACUAAUUUUGUAAAAUAUGAAUGUUACACAAUAUAAAAAUAUAUUGUUUCAAAGUUUAAA